CUACUGACAAGAUCAAUCAUUGAGACGGCAGCAAGAUGGCGGACGAAACGUGUUGAUUUUGUCAUUUUAGAUGGCUUAUUGAAAGACGUUUGGAACUUUUUCUUUUUGCAGGUACGUCUGAUUUAUGUUCUUUGCACAUUAUAUUUAAUACAUUUGGAGUGGUUUAUUUGCUAACCUUUUUUUGCGGCGCUUUAUGACUAUUUUUGUUUGGCUUGAUUUUCGAUUACUCGUUCGAUCCAAACACUCUUCUCUCCUUUUUUCCCGCCUUUUGAGCUGGCCAGUGCCACGCGCGUCAGAUUUUCCCGCCCCUACUUUGUGGGGUGAGCUCCAUCUUUUUUAUUCACCGACUUUUACAACAAUGGAGGUGGGACAAAGUGACAACACUAGUGUUGAAAAGCAGGAUCAAGAGUGGAAGCGCAUGAUGCGCCUAUUGAAGAAAAGCGCCCCCAAAGGAAAACGUAUAAAGAGAAACAAAGUGAAAAGGCCCAUGGGGGUUGUUUUUGUGGAUGAGGAAUUAACAGAAGAACAAAAGGAACAAAGAAGAAAGAAGGAAAUGGCCAGGCGAGAGGAACUUCAAGAAAGGCUAAAGAGGGAGGCAGAAAGGAAACUUCAGAAGAAAAAGAAAAUAAAACUAUAAAAAAAAUUUGUACUGGCUGUUUAUGCUGUGUUCGUGAACUUACUCUACUCAUUCUUCUUGUAUUUGUUUUCGCUUUUUUAAUUGGCACAUUAGCAGGAUGACAGCGCCUGUGGUGCUCUUUCAGGACACAUUUCAUUCUGUGACAUUUCUCACAGAUUCUUGAGUAUGUUUUAUUCAAUCCAUUUAAUUCAUUGUGAAUAGUUUUUAUUCCCUGCUCCCCAAGUAGUCCUGCCCCUGU